AUGUUGGGAACUCUUGAAGAUCGAGUCAUAUGUUUACUCUGCGAAGAAAAUGAGACUAAAAGAGAAAAAUGUACUUUGAAACAUAUUCACCGGCAUCUUGGGUACAAAAAAUAUGCUUGUAAAGGAUGUGGUUUUUCAUGUUACACAGAUGACGAAGCGAUGGUCCACAAAUAUAAAUUGAAACACCUCAUUUUGAACAGAAAUAACGAGUAUAAGGAAGCACUUUCAAACCUGAUUUAUUUCAACUGUUUGCAAGCUGCUGAAUUUGGCUUGAGUGCUGUUGUUUCAAAUGGAGUUAUUAAUAUUGACUGCUUAACGCAAAAAAAUGGUUGUAGAAGGCUGCCGAAAGAAACUGAGAAGGCAAAGAAAUCUCAAAAAAAAGAAGAGAGUUUAAGUGACCGUUCAAGUAGAGGGAAUUCGAUUAAGGCUACUGAAUCAGUAAGCUCAAAAAGCCGACAUACUGUGGAGGACAAGCAAAAUGCGAAUGCAAAGGACAACGGAGUGGACUUAAAUAAGCCAUCGUCAUCAAAAAUGAUUAGGGAUGAUGCAAGCUCUAGUGCGGUUAGAGAAGUUGAUUUGGAAAGGUCGAUAAAAAUCAGUAGUUCUAAUGCAAAGUCUCAUUCGUUUAACUUGGGCAAACAUGGUCAUCUGAUGACUCCAUCCGUCUCCGAGCAGAAUUCUUCGAGCACCAGUGUGACUGUCCCGUUGUUGCAGUCAAAUAAUGCACAGACUUCGAAAUGUCGCAAAUGUGGCGAGGAAGUUAACACUGGCUAUGUUGCCCGAAAAACUCAUCUUUUGGAAAAGCAUUUCUCUAAGAAAGUAGACUCGUUUUCAGAAGUGGAUAUUUGUACGGAGUUGCGUUUGUGCUUUCCAGCUUCUGUUAUUUAUAGUGACGAACAGUGUCUUGAGUGUGGUAAGUUUGUGAAAUCAGAAAAAGGGCGAAGGACGCAUGUUGCAUCUCAGCAUUAUAGGCAAAGAAUUGAAUGCGUAGUUCCUGGGUGUGGCCUGUAUGAGGGGAACCCAAGUGACUUAAAAAAGCAUAUUGAAAGUGUCCACGGUGUUCCACUUUCAACAGCUGCUUCUGGUGAUACGUUUCGUCUUUUUUCAUUCGCCAAAAGGGAUUUUAAUUUUGCACUUUCCAUGCAGCUUAAAAAGUAUUUUCCAUUUGAUUUGCCGACACGUAACGCACCGACUAGUAGCGUUGAGCGUAGCCGCGGUAUUCUACCGACAAUUAGUAGUGAACGUGGCCUUGCAAGUGAAGUUAAUGCGGAUGAAAAACUAUCUGAAAACAAAAUCGAAAUGCCGGCGUCUUUGAAUCGGCUACCAUCUUUCCCGGCCGUUGGUUCCAGGAAUUGUGAACAAGUGCCAGAUCAAGAAAGGAAAAUGAAGUCGGAAGUUUAUCCGGCCGUUGAGGCUAUUGCCUGCCAUCGUGUUGAAAAUAGAACUGAAAGUCUUCCUGCCCCGUCAAAACAGCGAUUAAGUAGCGGAACAAGUGCUUCAGCUUCAACCUGCAUUCAGAAAUCCAAGAGUCUUGAAAAUGUGAAAAGAAAUUUGCCGGUUGAAAUCGGCGAGAAGAUUGUGCCUGUAAACUUAUAUGCGUCCCAUGCACGUAAAACCCUCCUUCCUAAAGCUUCGGAACCGUUAGGUUACUCGGUCCAACUACAAAGAUGUUCUGACCAAAGAUUAACAAGCGGCACAUUCCGUGGUCCGUUACCUUUGGAUGAUUAUCAUUCACCGCAUUCUUGCAGUUCUGUGAUUAAAUGUGGUCCAAUUGACGGUGGUCCUUCUAGUGGUCAUAUUAGCCGGCCAUCUUGGUCAUAUAAUGCAGUACCUUUUGGUCGUGCAUUUAACCAGUGUAACAUCGAUUCGUGGAAUACAUAUCUGUCUAGGGUGCUCGAUAAUGGAAGUCAAAAAACAUUUCCAUCUAAGAAAGGGAACAAGCGUGGAAAGGGCUCAGCGAAGUCGCUUAAGGACCAUCGAAGAAACAGGUCUCCACGUAAGGGUCAUUCAAAGAAAAGGGAAAAGGAUAGUAGGAAGUCAGGAAAGUCAAAGAGGGGGCCAAAAAAGGUGGAUUUAAAAAAGACCAGUGACACUAAGAGUAAAAGUAACCGGAGGCAAAAUUUUCCCAGACCAAUUGUUCAUACUAGUCAAGUACGAGAAACCCAUCAAAGUAAAAAGGAGGUGCAGUUUGCUGAGAGGAAAAGACAUGGGAAUUUUGCCCUUGAAAGUACCGAGGAUGCGAAAAAGUCUGUAAUAAAAAAGGAACGACCAAGUACUCCAAAUGUGGAAGUGGGACCUCUUCGACAGGAUUCCAAAGAGAAGAAAGUUCUGUCGAAUGUAAGAGAAGUCGUAGAAACAGUUUCAGAUGUUGCUCUGCAAUAUCCUACAUCAAAUUUUUUGUCAAUUGCUGAAAAAAAUAAAAGAAGUGGAGUGCGCAGUGACGGCCAGCCAAUUAAAAAGAAACGUUUUCUUUCUGACGAUUUCAAUAACGACGGAGAUAAUAAAGUAAGUAUCAAGGUCGAAUUAUGUGAAGAGGACUCACAACAGUCUGUCAAAACAUCAAAUAAAAAGUGA